CGACGCGUGGCUCUCGCCCGCAAUCGUUACGAGCACAUUUUUCUUCAACGCCGCCUCGACGAGGUAAAAAUGCAAGUGCAAAAUUUGGAAACGCUCGACGAGGGUAUAACCGCCAUGGAUUACGAGGCUCUGCAAAUGAGUUACGCGAAUUGUCGGGAUAAACUGGACGAGCGCGAUCGGGAGAUAGAAAAAUUACGCUACAAAAUCGCUGAAGUGGUUAACGGAGUGGCUCACUAUAAGGAGAAGGAGACGUGCCUCGCGGACGAUAUCGAGUUUGAAGAACGCGAAUUGAACAAGUAUCGCGAACAGACAACUCAGGUUCGAGAGGACGUCAACAAGCUCUAUUUAAUUCUGAGAGAUUUACGACGAGCGCAAGACGAGAAGAGGCUCGAGGCCGGCCUGAUGAUGGCUCAGCCGGUGCUGCGCGAGAUGGAGAAAACGAUGAAGUCGCUAGACGAAGUGAAGAACGACAUUGAGAUAAUCAAGCGCGAGAUUCAGUCGCGUCGUUCCGCGAAGAACAAAAAGAGCAGCAAAACGCUGGCGAUGUUGACGAUGACGCAGGACAAACCAGGUCGUUUCUAAAUAAAUGCUGGAAAUCCUCCAAUGUGUGCGUGUGUCUUCUUUCGUGACAAUUUAC